AUGAACCAGCUUAGUCUUACGUUCAUUGUACUUUUACAGAUUUUAGUGAAGUCCAGUAUAGCGUGGUCUCCAACCAACGGCUACGUCCCUGGUAACGUUACUUGCGAUGACGAUAUUAAUCUAAUAAGAGAGGCCAACGAAUUAUCUCCAAACGAAACAGAUUGGCUUCGGAGGAGAAGCUCUUACACAAAUGAAGCUUUGCAAAACUUUCUAACGCGAGCAACAAGGAAUUUUUCGGAUGAUUCAAUUGUCUCGCAACUCUUUAGGAACAACUCUAAUGUUCCUAAAAUUGGUAUCGCAUGCUCCGGCGGUGGCUAUCGUGCCAUGUUAAGUGGUGCAGGUAUGAUAGCAGCGAUGGACAACAGAACUGAUGGCGCUCUGGACCACGGUUUGGGUGGUCUUCUGCAAAGUGCUACUUAUCUGGCUGGGUUGUCCGGUGGAAAUUGGCUCACGACAACUUUGGCAUGGAAUAAUUGGACAUCUGUGCAAACAAUUCUAAAUAACAUGACGGAAGAUGAUUCCAUCUGGGAUAUAUCCAAUUCCAUCAUCAACCCGGGUGGUAUCAAUAUUGUUAGCUCGGGACAAAGAUGGAAUCAUAUUUCCGACGCGGUUCAAGCAAAACAAGAUGCCGGAUUCAAUAUUUCCCUAACGGAUGUUUGGGGCCGUGCCUUAUCGUAUAACUUCUUCCCUACCCUUUACCGUGGUGGUGUUGGUUAUACUUGGUCAACGCUAAGAGAAGCAGAUGAGUUCCGAAAUGCCGAAAUGCCUUUUCCAAUUUCCGUAGCCGAUGGUAGAUAUCCUGGUUCAACUAUUAUUGACUUAAAUGCUACUGUUUUUGAAUUCAAUCCCUUUGAAAUGGGUUCAUGGGAUCCAACUAUAAAUUCUUUCACUGAUGUUAGAUAUCUAGGCACUAACGUAUCAAAUGGUACUCCUACAAACCAGGGGCAAUGUAUUGCUGGUUUCGACAAUGUCGGUUUCAUUGCAGGUACUUCUUCUUCACUGUUCAAUCAGUUUAUCCUACAGAUUAAUGGAACAGCUCUUCCAAGCUUUCUGAGAAAUAUAGCCAACAGAUUCUUGCAAAACCUAGCCAGUGAGGAUGAUGAUAUUGCUAUAUAUGCACCAAAUCCAUUUAAAGACUCUGAAUUUGUGGAAUCAAAUUUUUCAAGGUCUAUCGUUGAAUCCGAUUACCUCUAUUUGGUUGAUGGUGGUGAAGAUGACCAGAAUGUUCCCUUAUUACCAUUAAUUCAACAACAACGUGAUUUGGACGUAGUGUUCGCUCUAGACAACUCUGCUGAUACUAGUCAAAGCUGGCCUGAUGGGUCCUCUUUGGUUCACACUUAUCAACGUCAGUUUGGCGCUCAGGGUAAAGAUAUGGCUUUCCCAUAUGUGCCAGAUGAAAACACGUUUAUUAAUCUAGGUCUCAACCAGCGCCCUGCAUUUUUUGGAUGCGAUGCCAGAAAUCUAUCUGAUCUAAAUUAUGUCCCACCUUUGAUAGUUUACAUUCCAAAUUCUCGUCACAGUUUCAAUGGUAACCAAAGCACAUUUAAAUUAUCCUAUGAUACGGAUGAGCGUUUCGGGAUGAUCCAAAAUGGAUUUGAAGCUGCUACGAUGGGAAACUUGACGCAGGAUUCAAACUUCUUGGGAUGCGUUGCGUGUGCCGUUUUAAGGCGUAAACAACAGAGUUUAAAUGCCACUCUCCCAAGCGAAUGUAACGAUUGUUUCAGAACUUAUUGUUGGAAUGGUACCGUUGACAGUUCAACCCCAGACGACCAAAAUUCUGGUGAUACCUCUUCACGUUCUCAAUCAGCUUCAUCGACAUCAGCGGGUUCAAGUUCGAAGCAUAAUGGUGGAGAACUCUCUGUCCAACCACGUACGUUCCUGUCCAUAUUAACACUACUUACUACCAUAGCAGGGUUGAUGUAG